GAGUUAAUUCUAUUCUACCUAACAUUGCCGUUGAUCUGUCCCGCUUGUGACCAAAUUUGUGGUUAGAAUCUACAUUUUCAAGACUAUUUUGCAUGGUGAUUCCAUCCUUGAAGUCACAACCGACCAACUUGAAAUGACAGAGUGAGUUGUUUUCGAACAGCGAUCACUCCCAGCCUUUAGCUAUCUGUAUUCAUUUGUUCAGUUUAAGCAAUAUGUUGUGGACAAGAUUGAAGAUUGAUCGUUCAAGAUAUUUCAUCGUCACAAAUAAGAAAUGCUAAGGAGGACUAUGAGUGGGCCUAAGAAUCGGAGAAUUGCCUCAUUACUAUUUUACCUCAUCUGCUGUCGGCCAUCACUUCUCUGAGUCAUCUGUCACCUAAGAAAAUGGAGUCUGAGAAGAGAGGUCGGAAAUCCCUGGCCGUCCUACCAGACGCGGCUCUAGUAGGAAAAAACCCACAAGAUAUCGAUGAUCUGGUUCAGGGAUUUAAGAUUCUACAGAAACUGCUCAGUGCUCGAAAUAUUGAUCCGUUUCUUGAUCGCCCUAAUGAAAAUGAAAGUGACAUCAUGGCAAACUACUAUGAAGUCAUUGAUGAACCCAUGUGGUUCCAUGAAGUGAAAGAAAAGUAUGUGAGUGGAGCCUAUUCUACAAUCCCAGAAUUUGUUCUGGAUGUUCGACAAAUUUUUGCAAAUUGUUUUCGGUUUUGGGGUCCAAAAAAUCCACUCACCAAAGUUGCCUUGAGGUUGGAGACUCUGUUUGAGCAAGAACUUUUGACAUUACCAGCUGAUACGCAGGCUGUUUGCUCCUUAGAAGCAACCCAUGGAUUUAAAGAAGAAGAUCUUGUUUACAAAAAAGAGGGAGUCACGUCCCGGCUUUUGCAGUGGGUCAUAAACGAGCAAUCAGAAAAAGAGAUGGCAGAAACGGAAGAGCUGCCUUUAAUUGAACGGAAGGAACAGCAGGAAAAUUUGGAGAAGGGAGUUGUCUCUUGGGAAAAUGGAAUCUUGUAUGCUGAUGAAGGCAUUCAAGAUCUCAUAAAGACAAUGUUUGAGUUACCACAAAUUGGACUAUUUUUAUGCCAUGUAGUGCCUACAUUUAAUUUAGAACAGCUGAGUCAGUAUGAAGUUGAACGUAUGUUACUAGUUCCACAGUUCUCAAAAAGUUUAGCAGCCCUAAUGACUUCACUACUCUCGAGUAGGAAAGACAAAUCAAAAGUUUUAUAUGGUCCUCCUAUGCCCUAUGAAGUUUGGUCUGCAAGACUGAAUAACAGGGUGGCAACUUGGUACAAAACAUAUCACACCAAGAAAAAUAAAUUUCAUGAGAUCCUCUCGGCAACUGGCAUCGAACACAUGUUCUGGUUAGUAAUGGGUGAACCCAAUCCUUUGGAAAGGUUCCAAUUCCAUGAAUUACAUUUCCAAAAAAGAGUUUGGAUUUUGAAGACACUGCUUGAUACCCUAGUACAUAGCCACAAAACAGUGUAUGACCUCCUAAGUGAUCGCUUGUCAAUCGUCCCACCAGAAGUACUGGGAGAAGACAAGAAAGGAUUUAGUUACCUGUAUUUCCCUGCUUUUACGGACUUGAGAGUCUACAGACAGUCAAAAAGCACUUACUCAAAGUUCAACAUUAACAGAUGGGAGAAAAUAGUUCGAGUACCCGUGGCGAAUGGUGAUACAGAUUGUCCUCCAAGCAAGUGUGUUCUGCCCUCAAAAAAUGACUUCGAGUUGUUGGCCACCUCUAUUAGCGAGUUAAGAAAUGUAUAUAGUAAUUUAGUUGAGACUGAAUUUUCCUCCAAAAGCAACUGUGAUAAUAAGAGUUCUCCGCUUCUGGAAAACAUUGAUAGGCUGUUGAAAGACUGGUCCUCUCUCGAGUCGAAGCAUUCGAUUAAUCUGAGUCACAUCAGGCAGAAGAUGUAUAGGGAAUGGAAAACUUUGUAUGAUAGGUCAUUGGAAUCUACAACUGCAGAUAUUGCCUACUGGGAGAAAGACGGUAACAACAGGAAACCUGCUGAAGAAGAAGAGGAAGAAGAAGAUAGCAAUGACCGUAUUAUUGAUAAGACUGAAUCCGCAGUGGAAAAGCCCCACCUAGAUGAACCUCAGAAUACCACCACUCGGGAAAUAAACUUACGAGAAAGGAAGUCAAAAACAGACUCAAAUUUGAGCAUGACCAUGAUGGCUUUGAAUGAAGUCAGAGGUGAGUCAGACACAAGCGAUGAAGAUGAGGAUUUAUUCGACGAUUCAGAAGAAGAGUGGGUCGCUGAAGGAUCCAAAAAAAGAGUAAAACAACCAUCUUCAAGACGGAAAAAGAGGUGUCCAUCCAAAAACUCCGAGGCUGACGCCGUUCAAGAAGCUGUGGACAAAAACAUAAAAAUGAAUGAGGAGUUAGAGAAACAAAAGAAAGAUGAAAAAGCACAAAGACUGAAUAUGAAUUCGAACACCAUCUUAUGCGACAGUGACAAGUUUGUCGUCCAAGAACCACAACGGAAUCUAAUUAGGUGCAAAGACCCAACAAAACUGCUUCAAAGCUUGGCAGACAUCAAGAGUGAAUCCAUCAAGGUGAUUCGAGAUCUUGUAGCUCCUGCCCAAAUAAAAGCUGAAGGUACAAAGCCUCCAUCGCCGGAAACCAUCAGUAUCGACGAUGAUGAUGAAGUUCCGGGUGAUGAAGCAAGUUCCACAACAAGUUCAAUCAAUGUUGCUAACAAAACUCCUGAGAAUGGAAAUGUACAUAUGAUCAAUAUGAACUUACGAGUAGACCAGUCUCCUAUUAGAUCUCCAGCAAUUGUCACUCCAUCCACUGUAACUGACUUGCCUGCAGAUGUAGAUGACGAUGUACAAAUCUUGCAAACUAGUGUGGUGUCCAAGCCUGGAGCGCAAUCGAUCCCAAGCCCAGCCCUCAAUCCGAUGCACAACUUGAAUCGUAUGGUGUCGCCUCAAAACGUCAGAUUGGUAGGUCCUAAUGUUUCAAGAAUGCCAUUUACCAAAGCUAGCUUUCAAACUGCGCUGCCAGGGAAUAAUUUAACGCCUAUUAAAAAGACAUUCCCAGUUGUAAAGAACGGUCCGGUUGCAAGACUGCGGGGGAGUAUCCCUCGGGUUAGAAAUGGAAUGAUGCAACAAACGUUCCGAGGGAUGGCUCCUCGAAUGACCUCAUCAAUACGCCAGCCAAACCAGAGCAUUCUCCGACAGAAGUUCCGAAAUCCUGUCGCUUACAAUGCGUAUAGAACCCCUGUGCAACAAAGAAUCACAAGUUCCUCUGCGUCGACUCCAAGGAGACAGUCAGCACCUUAUACACCUCCUCUGUCGAAUUCAUUGAAUUCUAGGCUUAAUAAUCUUCCUAACAGUGCACCAUCUAAAGCUAUCUCCAAUAUUCUCAGCUCAGUGGAAGUGGCCAACUCCUUAUCGUCUGGUAAAAGAAAAAGUAGCCUGCUGAACUCUAUCACCAUAACACCCAUUAAUAAUAGUGCAGUCACGAUAACGCCAGUUUUACAAACGAACCAAGUAAAAAAAGUCUCAAGAAAUUUAAAUUUCUCUUCACCAUCAAAAUCCAGCUCCAGGUUAGUCUAUAUCAAAGGUAGAGUGAUCUUGGAUCCUGUCGAUCUAUGCUACUCGGUUCAAAUUGCCAAUGGGCGCAAGUACAAACUAACCCCCCAACAACUGGACGAGUGCAGGCGGAACAAUGGCGGCGUCAUGCCCCCCACCAUAUCAAUUCCAGUUCCUGAGGAUGUUGCGAAUCUUCUAGAGCCAGAAGUUGUGGAGAUAGAUUAGGAUGUGGUUAGCUCCUGUGAAUCAUUGCAUUCUCAAAUUGUUUUUGUUUCUGAAUUUUAAGACAAAUUCCUGAUUGAUUUUGCCACUUGCCAUGUACUUGGUUGUUCUCAGUUUGUUUGAGAAAAACUUGUAGGGAGAACAAUGAAGCAAAGUUCGCAUCUUGUCAAUGAAUCACUGGUUGGACAGCAAUUGAAUUGAUCUCUUGUUGAGAGGCAUAAUGCUGGUUAAACUUCAGAUGCAUGAGUUUUGAAGCGCAUUGGUGUAAACCUUCCAGCAUUUUUCAUUAUUUAAAAGAAAAUCAAUUCGUGUUCUUCCAUAAAAUUUCUCCUAAUCUAUUUCAGCUUUAGAGAGAAUAUGCGUUUGAUUUUCUUUGAAAAAGUGAAAGUUCUUAUGUACAAAAUAAUAUUAAUGCUUAAAGGAAAAGAGAAAAAUUCUUUGGACUCACUAGAGUUGCACUGAAUCUAAUCCUUUUAAUUUUUUUAUUGCAAAGAUAAAGCAGAUUAAUAGACUUUCGCCUUUUUGCAAGGAACUGAUGCUAUAAAAAAAAUCAUUUCAAGUUUUCAGUCCUUUAUUGAUAAUUUUCCUUUAUUUAUCCUCAACGCUUCUACCCUAUUUUUUUCUCAAUAAAACCUCAAUCUAAAGUACUUUCAUUAGAUUCUGAGGUUAAGCUUAUCAUGUAUGUAAAUCUUACAGUGGCUUAUUGUUUACAACUAGAAAUUGCAGAAUAAGUUGUAUUUUUCAACCACACUAAAUAUGAGGAAUGUUUUUAUUUAGUAUGUAAUCAAAUCAGUUCCAUAUUUUCUGUUGAUAACAGUAAGUUUUUAUUUUCUUAUUGUUUUGUAGGACCAGCCUUGCGCAUCAAAUUCAUUUUGCAACUCUUGAAAUUUAAUCCUAUUGAAUCUUUCUGAAAAUGGAAUAAAAACCAACAAUGAACAGUUAUCACUCACUCAAUUUUUUUCGAACUUGUUUGCGUGUUAAGGCCUUUAUUUACUCAUUUUAUUCAAACUUUUUACAACUUGAUCAUAUAUCAAGGCAUUUAUGUACACUGCAUACUAAACCUCAGAUCCUCUGAACCAAUGUAGCAGUCAAUUAAAUUAGUGAAUCCAUCAUUCAAAGAAAACUUUUGGAAAUCAUUUCAUAGAAUUUAUUUGUUUUGCUUACCAACACAUGGAUAUCAUACCAAGUUCAAUAAAAAGAUGAAUAACUUGAACUCCAGUCUAGAUCAGUCUAAAUUACGAUUAUGUAUGAUUGAUCUCCCAAUAACUUUAAUUGUGAUCAAUCCACAAAUAAUUUAAUUUUUUUUUUUUUUUUUAAUUUAAAUGCUUUAGUACAAAAAUAUGGUCAGUUGGAUAACAGUCAGUUUGAAUGAUCCGUAGGUCAUUACUGGCAAAUUCCUUUUGGCUUUAUUCAUCUUUCAAACAAUAUGGAAUGUCUUCUAACCAUCAAAUAUGUCCUGUGUGAUACCAGGAAAAUCCUAGUUUUCGGGAACAUAAGAAGAAGCAGACAAUAGGAGGGGGGUCAGAACUGUGGUCCUGCCAUGUUUGCCAAUAGGAAACGAGCAAGGUAGUGAAGAAAGAAAAAUAAUUCUCCCAAAAAUAAGUUAGAAUGAUGUGGAGCUCAAAUGAAAGGAGUUCUAAUGAUCUGGGGUUUAUUGUAGUCUCAUUUUUAAUUUUUUUCUCAGUUCGAAAUUUGAGUCAUAUGUAUCAUGGAAAAAUGUAUGACCUGUUGGAUUCAUAGGAAUCAAGAAGAAAAGUUAAUUCUAGUAAUAUUUUCCAUCUUAAGUUGGAUCUCAUUAAAGAUAUGUGUCAUGUACCGGCUAGUUGUUAUAUAUAAUGUCCUAAAAGUCUGAAAUCACUGUCGUAGCUUCAGAAAAUAAUUCCUUGCAACUGUCAAUCAAAAUUAUGAUGAAUUUUUUAUUAACCACUACAUAUUUUGUUAUGAUAGAAUCAAUACUGAGAGUGCUAAUAGGGGUCAUGCAAUUUAAAUUGUCAGGUUGCAGUGUAUCUUCAUAAUAUUUCAUGUAGAGAGUAAAUACUGGCUGUCAAUCUUUUUGCCGUUUUUGUGGUGGAAGAUCCUUUUUUUUGGGGGGGGGGGGGUAAAGAUUACAGAUGAUCAAUUUGCUUCCAAUGUUAAACCAGGGUUUCUAUUAGGCUAAUAAGAAGGAAAAAAAUAUUUUGCCGAAAUCGGGGAUUUGGGUGCAAAAAGGACACUGUUUUCUUGGUUUUAAUAUUUCCAUAUACGUUUUUUACUCUUAGAAGGAGAAAGAAAUUAUUUUAUCUGAAUAUUCCUCAUAAUUUAAUGAUUUAUGAAGUACAAAUCUGAAAUUAAUGAUGCAGUAGUUUUCUCAUAAUGACAGAAAUUGUCGGUGCUGAUUCUAUAAUGGUAACGGAGAAGUGUCCUUUUCGCCUUCAAUUCCUUAAUCGGCAGAAAAGUCCAAGACAAUUUUGGGAAUAUUUGAAAUAGAUUGUAUUAAAAAAUCUUUGUAUUUUUCCCCCUCAGAAAUGCACAAUUUUGAAAGAAAACUCAUAACUUUAAAGACAGAUUACAAUUAGGUAUUGUCAGUGGAAACAGUUGAAAAACUUUUUUUGCGAAGUUUGUCAUCAUCCUGAUUUCCAUGACACCCAAGUAGCUAGAUUAGUAGCUAAAGUUACCUUUAGAAGCAUUUUUUCCCUGUGAGGUCUAGUCGCAGUGCCGAGGUUAUAGCAAUUUAAGGGAACAUUAAUGGUCACUAUUGAGCCAAGAUGUCUUCCUUUGGUAGCUCCUUUAUUUUAUCGCCAUUGCAAGUAUCAUCAAUGUUCAUACAUUUAGAGGUGUUUAAAGAGUUGUAUAUCUAAUCAUGUCCAUUAGUGUCUUCUCCUUGUUCGCACCUAAUCAAAAUCAUUCAAAUGAUGGUGCAUGUAUUUUUAAUGUUUUCUGUACAUCCAGAUUCUUUUGAGCUGUCCCAUGUCCUUCUAAAUCUUAUAAUCUUAAUUUUCAGUAGGUCUAAAUUUUCUUUUUUAGAAAAUAUGGAUGUUGUGUUUCAACUUAAAUUGUUCCUUAUUUCAGGUCUGUUUCUAAGGCUAGUAAAAUGAUAUAUCAGAAGCAUCUGACUUAGUGUUAAUGAAACAUACACCAGAUUGUAAGCGUGUAGUUAACUUGAGUCAUUUAUUGCGGUCGCUUAGAUUACUCAGCCUGCCUUGUAUUUAAUUUUCUGACUGAAUGCUCAUGUAUACAAGAAAUAUUACCCUCUGCAUUAAUAAUGAUUUGCGUAUGGCAUGAGCACAUGUAUGCAUGUUCAUUGGUUGUUUUAGUAAAAAUAAAAAUAUUCAGCAGCUUGAACUUAACCAUAUGUGACUGAUUAUCUCCACCAAAUACACUUUGAACAUUUGACAUGAAAUCUUAACUUCCCAUUACUCAGUUAAUCUUUUACUUUCUUCUUUAUUUAUUUUUUUUCUUUCUUUUUUAUGAAGUAUUGAUUAAGUACCCCUCUCAAAAGUGUAUUCUUUGUAGGUAUGUAAUGUACUCUUAUAUGUCCUUUUCAUCUCCACAACUCAGUAAAAUUGUUGGUUGUCAAAUGUACUCUUUGAUCGCGAUAGUAUGCAAGUGUAUUUUUAUAAAAUUCCUGUUUUGUAAAAUUUUAACAAUUUUUACCUUUUCGUUUUUUGUUUUAAACUCUUAUAAUAAAUCUAUUUGAUGAAUUUUUAA